UGACGAAAUCCACACCUCGCUUGCCCGACAUUGUACCAGUGGAGGUGGAGCUGCCUAUUCCUUGCACACCGAAAACUGAAACCGAAAUGACAAAACAGAAUGAAUCGAGCGUCGCAGCAGAAACUGGUACAUCGGCGGAUACCCUGCGAUUCCGUCAACUGAGUAAGGGAGAAAUCAAGCAGGACUCUCUGCGGGAAUUCGUGUCCUACACAGCCAAUGGGGACCACAUCACGCUGGUGGGCACCAAGACGGAUGUGAUCACCCUGGAGAUGACCAGCAAGGCCAGCUGCCAUGUGCUCUUUCCGUUCGUCGUCAGCUCCCUGGAAUCGCCCCUAAAUGAUCGCCCACUGGACAUUUUGCAGACAGGAAUCAAUCUUGUGGAAGUCUAUGAAAGCUGCCAUGUGCUGGAGGCGCAACAGUUGUCCCUAGAGCCGGUUUACAUGACCAUUUGUUCCACAGAAGUGCCAGAGUCCCGACUGGUUUGCUCCCGCUGGUCGCCGCAGACCCUACCCAAUGGACAAAUGCUGUUGGCCGCCUUGAACACCUAUGGAGCCAUAGCACUGCUGUGCAAGCCCGCGCAACACAGUCGCUGGAGUCGACUGGAUGGCCUGAAUGUGGCCGAAACAUUGCGGGACACACUGCUGCCCGAAAGGAAUGUCUCCAAGAUACACAACUUCAAGCAGUACAAAGCUUGCAUAGAUCGCGCCUGGAUCACGAUGUUUACAUGGCGCGAAGCGGCGGAGUCCAGUGCCGGACAUGUCCUCGUCUUGGGCACAGCCAACGGCAACCUGUGGAGACUUACUUUGAGUUCAGAUGCCCGAACCUUGCUGCAACAUCGCGUGAAGGCCACCUCUCUGAGCCGCAUCUGCUACAUGCUUGCCUUCGAGGAUCUGCUGCUGGUGGGCGACGUAACUGGCGUUGUCCAUCUCUACAAAUUCAACAAUGAGGAACAAUCCGGACUGUCUCUGAUACGGCCUUUGUGGGAGAAAGCGGAUCGCAUGGGACUUCAGCAGGCGAUAAUCACGCGCUGCACGGAGCUGGACUGCUACUACAUAUCCCUGUGCAAGGCGGCACAUCUGCUAGUUUGGUGCAUGCCCUGCCAAGAGGCGGGCAACGAGUGGCUGGAGACGCGCAUCCAUGUGGGAGGCAUGAAGAUCACUGGCCUCUGCAUGCUGGACAGCAGCAGCUUGGCACUGGCCACCGCCACAAGCAAGCUGUACCGAACGCACAUCUCCCAAGAGGACAGAAAACUCACUGUGUCCCUGCAGUCGAUAGUUUUGGAGGACUGUGAAGACUACCAGAUCAUUGGGGUGUUCAGCAGCAGACACAACAAUCUGCUCACACUGCUCUUUCAGCCGAACAAGGAGUAUGCCGGCAACACGUACACAAUGUCAGUGCGCAAUCAGCUCACGUUGCGCGUGGGUAAGAUCCAUGACAGGGAUAUACUGUCCCAGCUGGUGGACACCUUCCAAGCCAAUACGCCCAUCGACCAGAGUACGGAUCUGCUGGCCGAGCUGCGUCUGGAGAUCUUUGCCAGCAUUAAUAACCUGCAGAAAUACGCGGACUUCAAUCGAUUGUCGGAGUUCCAGUUCGACAAGGAGCCGACGGAGUCGCAACAGCAUCAGCUGCAACUGAAGUAUCACAUCCUGUCGUCUGUUCUCCACCUGCGUUCGAAUCUGGUGUGGCUGACGCUGCACCGGGAUGAAACGCAGAAGGAAAUGCAGCUGCUGCUGGCAAUGCUGGUCAUGACACAUAUGAGCCUGAGACUGAGGUACCUGUGCUCUCUGGGAACACUGACGCCGUUCCAGCAGGAGGCCGCGCAGUGUAUGUUUGCGGAGGCGCUGCGCUUGAGGAAGCUGCUGAUGGAAGACUCACUCAAAGGCAAAAACUCUGCCGACACGCAAUACUCAGCGGAGAGGAAAGACUCGCGCGACAGGCAUUGCUUCCAGGAGGAGUUUGCUCAACAAAUGAAACGACACUUUGAUGCCUUGCAGGCCAAGCUGGGCAAUGGAGUGAAGACAAUGCCAGCGCAAGAGCCAACAAAGCUUCGGUGCUGUGUGUCCUAUCUGGAGCUGCCAUUCAGCCUGGAUCGACGCUACUGCAGUCAGUGUUCUCGUGCUGUGCUGAUGGACCAGGAGAAGCUGCUGGAGCUGUAUGAACCAGGCGUUACACUGCUGUGUCCCUGCUGUCACGGUGGCUAUGCAGUGGAUCUCGUAACUGCUUAAACAUUAAAUUUAUUAAGUAAA